GCGAGACUUUCUUCGAGUCCUCUCCUCUGCAUGAAUCCAGCUGGUAGCCUGCCUGCCGUGGACGGGUUUGUUUUAUCGCUAUAUAUGGAAAGAGGUCUCUUCCGUUACCUGUGUUUACAGUUCUGUUGCAGUUGAGGUGAGAGCCGUCAGUCAUCAUGGGGAAUCUCUUUGGCAACCUGUUGAAGAGCCUGAUAGGCAAGAAGGAGAUGCGGAUUCUCAUGGUGGGGCUGGACGCUGCUGGAAAAACCACCAUCCUUUACAAGCUGAAGCUGGGGGAGAUUGUUACCACCAUCCCCACAAUCGGUUUCAAUGUAGAGACGGUGGAGUACAAGAACAUCAGCUUCACCGUGUGGGAUGUGGGUGGCCAGGAUAAGAUCCGUCCCCUGUGGAGACACUACUUCCAGAACACCCAGGGUUUGAUCUUUGUGGUGGACAGCAAUGACCGUGAGCGUGUAAACGAAGCUCGGGAGGAACUGAUGAGGAUGCUGGCUGAGGACGAGCUGCGGGAUGCUGUUCUUCUUGUCUUUGCCAACAAACAGGACCUGCCUAAUGCAAUGAAUGCUGCAGAGAUCACAGAUAAGCUGGGUCUACACUCCCUACGCCAUCGCAACUGGUACAUCCAGGCCACCUGCGCCACCAGUGGAGACGGUCUGUACGAGGGCCUGGACUGGCUGGCCAAUCAGCUGAAAAACAAAAAGUGAGGUAUCAGGUCAGUGGAGUGGGGAAGAGCCUGGGUGCCAUUCCCAGGUUAGGGAUUAAGUGGAUCCAUUGAGUUUACAUGGAGAGGCUGUGCUGAAAAGCCCCCAGGGGGGUGACUCUCAAUGGCUUUCUCCCCCCAAAAUACUUGUUUCACUUCUUUUAUUAUAAUUAAUUUAAAUUGUUUGGAUCUGGAGUGAGCAUUUUCUUAAGGAUAACAAACCAAUGGUGUUGACCUAAAUGACUUACAUGCUGAAUACGUACAUUUGUUACUGUAAAAGCAUAUACAUUCCCCUACUCUGUAGACUCUUUGACCUCCAUCACGUUUUAACUUUUUCUGAAUAAUGACGAUAUAGACUCAUAAAGCACCCAUCUGAUACACUAAACCUAUGUAAAUUAUAAAGAAUGUCAUAACAGUAUAAGUGGAACUACUACUAUUACUACUAUCUCAGAAUAAUAUAACGUUGUUUAAAACAUCUUACUCAGACAGGUUCUAAAAAAUGUAAAAUUGUCUUUUUGUCCAUACUUCUGUUUUGCCACAAACCUAUGUGCUUCAGAGCUCAUUUUCUGCUGUAAAAUAAUUAUAUGCAAAUGUGUUUAUUCUUUUUAUUUAUUUUAUUCGAAACAACACUUGAUGACAAACAGGAAAUUCUUAAACUAUUUAUACUUUUGUUGACAUGUAUUUAUUCCUACAUUUGUUUUGAUUUUCUCAGUGCAUCGUGUGGUUUCUCUCCCUUUAUUGCAAUAUGCAUUUACUGCUAAGGCAGCUAGUGAAAAAAUAAGCCCUGGUAUCACUGUAUGUUACUUCCCAGUCUGCAUGGAGAUGGAGAAGACCCCAGUACUGGUUUGUGGGCUUGUGAAAGGUGUGAACUAUAGGCCGCUGCUGUAAAUACAGAUUUACUUUGAGUUGACGUGCCUGGCUAAAUAAGGGUUAAACAAUUUGUCUGGCGUCAGCGAGGUGUGAUAGCUGAACUGAUACAGAUGACAGAACAGGCACAUCGUACCAGCUCCGUGACUUAGGGAGAAAAAACACUGCUAUUGGCCUGUUGAGAGUGAUGCAGCAGAGCAUGUGAUUGGCAAUAUCAGACAGCUUACAUUGUUUACGAAUGUUUAUUUGUUAAGUCAGUUUGUGCGAGCAGCUGCAAUAUAUCCGUCAACAGAACUCAUGCUGCUUGUCAUCCUGAUUUAUUCAUACCUGAUUGGCGUGAAAUGUUGUGUUUCUAGUGUUUCUCUGUAUUAUGUUGCACAAAAUAUCUCUAGAUGCAUUAUUGUUGUACAAAAUGUAAUGUCUGUUUGAAUGGAGUAUUCAUUUAUUUUGAACCAAAAGGCAAGUGUUGAUUUUGUGUUGUUUCCUGAUUUGCUUUCUAGCUCAUACAGUUGUCUUUUGGCGUGUUUUUACAAACCCCAUGAUUUGAAAAAAUAUGAGAAAGGAUAAUCGUAAUACUGCAUCAUAAGGCAUGUUAAUACUGUACAAGAUCUGUAAUAAAAGUGAAUUAUAAUAGCCUAUUUCCUCAGACUAUAUUUGUCUUAAUUAAUACUGCUGGUUGGAACAAUGUUAUACCGAUAAAUGUUAUGGAUUUAGUGUAAAGUUUACCAAACAAACUUCUAAUAUGCAAAAGCAUGGUUUUCUAUGUCAGCGCAACUGUAUAUAGGUUUAUGUAACAAGAAGAGUAAACCAUGGUAUUUGCGGUCAAAUUGAAAGUCUUGUUGAUACACAUGUAGAUUCGGGGUCAGUGUGUUGGCAGAUAUACAUAACUGACAGCAGCUUGCGUGUGUGAUGUGCAUUACGUUCAGUUUGGUGUGAAAAUUGUUUUUGUGGCCUUAUAAUGCCAGUGUUUUUAUUUUCUCUUUGAUAACCGGUUUGUAUGUCAGAAUGUCCAACAUUCGAGUAUCUCACCUAUGAUCUGCAACACUGAUGCACUAUACUGUGUUGGCUUAACAUCCUUCUUUCAAUGACUAUUGGUGGAUAUCCACUAGAAAAAGUGCAGAACAUUCCAACUAAUAAGGUUUAUUUUAAGCUGAACAUGGAUUAUGUAAUUGAGUGGAAUAUUAUCAAGAGGAGGAAA